CAGUAAUUUGAGCUCCCUUCGCAUCGCCCAUCGCCCAUCGCUAUCGCCCAGCCCACUUACCACACAUAUCAUGGCUGAGGCCCAGGCGGCGACGAGCCAGGCGAAAAGCCCCAAGGCCGCACACCACCUCACGUCGGGCGCGUUGAGCGGGCUCACCUCGGCGGUGUGUCUCCAGCCCCUCGACCUGCUCAAGACACGGUUGCAGCAGGGGAACACGGUCGGCCGGAAGCGACAUCGGCUCGGUGCUGUGGUGCGCCAGGUCGUGCGCGACGACGGCGUGACGGGGCUCUGGCGCGGCACGGUGCCGACAGUUGCGCGAAACGUCCCCGGCGUCGCGCUCUACUUCUACAUGCUCAGUGCGAUCCGGCACGAGCUGACGCUCAUCCCGUACUUCGCGCGCGGGGGGAGCGGGGAGGGCAAGCGCUCGGCGCUGGCGCAGCUCUCGCCGACGGGCAACCUCUGCGCAGGCGCUGUCGCGCGCACAAGCGUCGGCUUCGUCCUCAACCCCAUCACGGUGAUCAAGGCCCGCUUCGAGUCCAACGCGUACACGCAGUACCGCUCGCUCGUGGGUGCCUUCCGCCAUCUCUUGGCCGCCGACGGCGUGCGCGGCCUCUUCCAGGGCUUUACGGCGACGGCGGUGCGCGACGCCCCCUAUGCCGGCCUCUACGUCGUCUUCUACGAGAAGGGCAAGGAGCUCGCGGGGAAGGCGCUCAGCUUGCGUCCAGAACUCUCUGUGCCAAAUGCAGCAUUGCAUUCUGGGUCAGCCGUCUCCGCGUCUGUCCUUGCAACAGUGCUCACCUCCCCCGCCGACUGCGUCAAGACCCGCAUGCAAGUGGCGCCGGCCGAGAACCCUUCGAUCCUGCGCGCCGUGCGGCACAUCUAUGCCGACCUCGGCUUCGCGGGCUUCUUUGCUGGCUCGUCGCUACGCGUUUCACGCAAGGCGGCGAGCUCAGCCAUUGCGUGGACCGUCUACGAAGGUCUCCUGCUCAUGUUCCGCGCACGCGACAAGGCCAUCAAGGCCACGACAGCUGUACAAUAGACUGGGGUAAUGCAACACUGAUCAUGCG